CUCAAAUUUGAAAGAUGUAUACGAUCCGAACAACAGCUCGUUCUUUUAUUUCCGCCAUUGCUUGAGAAAGUUUGGAAAUUAUGGGCAAGCCAAGAGGUCUCCGCACAGCGAGAAAGCAUGUGAACCAUCGUCGUGAUCAGCGUUGGGCUGACAAAGACUACAAAAAAGCCCAUUUGGGAACCAGAUGGAAGGCCAAUCCUUUUGGAGGAGCGUCUCAUGCUAAAGGCAUCGUUCUUGAAAAAGUUGGCGUUGAGGCUAAGCAGCCUAAUUCUGCUAUCCGUAAGUGUGUAAGAGUGCAGCUCAUCAAAAAUGGCAAGAAAAUCACCGCAUUCGUCCCACGUGACGGUAGCUUGAACUACAUUGAAGAAAACGAUGAAGUCUUGGUCGCUGGUUUCGGUCGUAAAGGUCACGCCGUGGGUGAUAUUCCCGGUGUACGUUUCAAGGUAGUUAAGGUUGCGAACGUUUCAUUGCUUGCCUUGUACAAGGAGAAGAAAGAACGCCCAAGGUCGUAAAUGUUCACUUGAAUGUAAUAUAUUCGCUUAUAGUUUCUAUAAAAAACAAAAUAUAAAUUCAUACAAAAACACA